AUGCCAAACUCCAUUAGUGGAGCUUACUCGUUGGGAUGGUUGCAACUGAGUAACAACAGUUUUAUAAGGAAACUCCCUCCAAAUUUGAAAAAUUGCACCCAGUUAAUGGGUUUGGAUAUUGGAGACAACAAGUUAUCAGGGAAAGUUACAGAAUGGAUUGGAAACAAUCUGCUUAAUCUGGCAAUUCUUAGGCUAAGGAACAACAAAUUCUACGGAGACAUUCCAUCCUCUUUCUGUCAGAUGUCCAAACUUCAAAUAAUGGACCUUGCAAACAACCAGCUGACCGGAAACAUCUCACGUUGCUUUGGCAAUUUUUCGGGAAUGGUCCACAAUAAAACCACUCGCGAGAUCUUAUCGAAGUUGACCUUUCUGAGUCAUUUGAACUUGUCCAACAAUAAUUUGUCUGGGCGUAUCCCGAUGGGGCCUCAACUUCAAACACUCAACGGAAGUUUGGAUUAUGAGGGAAACCCUGGACUAUGUGGGGCACCAUUGGCCCAACAAUGCGAAGUUAAUAGAACAUCGACAAAAGGUAAAAAUAGUGGGGAGCAUGGUGAUGAUGGAAAUGCAGCCGAUAAGUUAUACCUCUAUGAAUUUGUAGUUGGUGGUUUUGCCACUGGAAGCCACUGGAUUAUGGGUUUACUUUGGAGUUUUGAUCUUCAAAAAGAGUUGGCCGCAGACACUGUUCGGGUGGAUGGAUGCUCUAUUGAAAAAAAUGAUGGGUUGGAGUUAGACUGCUAUAGCUUGAGUUUACAAGGGGACUUGUCAACUUUGUAUCAUAUUGAAUUGUCCUUUAAGUUGUAUCCUUGUGUUUGA